GACUAAGAUGAAGUAGCGUAGAACAGCCCGCUGGUAACUUUGGUUAUUGAUUGUGGGCGCAAGAAAAUGACACUUUCAAUGGAUUUUUAUUUUGUCAGAAAUUCGAGCAAAAUUUUGAUGUUUUUCAUGAUUAGAAUAUAAUUUUCCAGCUAGAAAUUAUGUCUACUAAGACCAAAGAUAACCGUGAUUCGCCUAAGAGCUCGUCUACAGCCAAAAGUCGCGGGAAAGAUGCGUUAGAAAGUGGUUUGAAUCUGACAAGAAGCUCGCCACAAGGUUUUGAACUGGGGCUUGCUAUGGCAGAAUCAAUAAGAAACGAAGAUAUGCAGAGAAUCAUGUCCAUUCAGAAUAAAAGGUAGUGCAGAGUUUGAUGUUUUAGAUUAAAUAAUUUUUGAAAUUGUAAUUAGAGUUUGUUCUCUAAAGUGGGAUAUGAUUUGCAAUCCAAUCCCCCCCUGGAAUAGACUUCCCAACCCAGUCCCACCCCCUUGGAAUGGACUUGGAAACCUGAAUUCUGAUGCUUGGUCCUUGGGACAAAUUAGGGGUGGACCAUUACAUAUCCUGGGAAGCAGGGGGGUUGGCAGAGUGGGAUUUUAAGAAAAGUUAACUAAAUGAACAUAAAUUUGUCUAGCCUCAAGAACUUUGCCAGAACCAAUGAACUGCUUGGAAAAUUUAACGACUUUUCAUCAUCAAAAUACGACGUCUUGCAACACAUGGUUGGAUAUGAUUUGCAAUCCAAUCAUAUCCUAUAAAGUUGGAUAUGAUUUGCAAUCCAAUCCCCCCUGGAAUAGACUUCCCAACCCAGUCCCACCCCCCUGGAAUGGACUUGGAAACCUGAAUUCUGAUGCUCAGUCCUUGAUACAAAUUAGGGGUGGACCAUUACAUAUCCUGGGAAGCAGGGGGGUUGGCAGAGUGGAAUUGGAAGAAAAAUUAACUAAAUGUUCAACACAAAUUUGUCUAGCCUCAAGAACUUUGCCAGAACCAAUGAACUGCUUGGAAAAUUUAACGACUUUUCAUCAUCAAAGUAUGACGUCUUACAACACAUGUUUCUUCAACAUACAAGACUUUUGGCUGAUUUGAAAAAAGAUCUGACUAAUGCUUUCUUAAGAAUAAGGUAAGUUUUAUCUCAAACUCACUAAUAAUAGAUCAUUCCAGAAAACAAACAUCCCUCAACCACAGAGAAAAUUGAAAUGUAAAUGAAAUAUAUUCCUGUUUUAGACGUCUGAAGGUGAAACUACAAAAACAGUACCCUGAAGCAUUUGAAGGUUGGUAUUAAAUAUUAUUUGAUCAAUUUAUUUCUAACCUAUUAAGUUGCAUUUACCGGCCAUUUUUUCGCACCCUGUCAGCAUUGCUCCAUGAUUCGUCCUUUAUUAUUUUACUUUGUCUAACGCCAGAAGAUUUUACUUGUCAAGGGGAGAGCAUUUGCGUUUAAUGGGUUAAGUGGCAAUGCGCCCUGAUGCACCCCACUUUAUUGUAUUACUUUGCCUAACGUGAUACAAUUUGACUCGUCAAGGGGAGAGAGCUAGUGCUCAAUGGGUUACUAGUAAUGUUUGUUUUGAUAGCAACAUUUAAUCUGCGGCAAAAUCUGGAAGAUCGGCUGGAGCAGGAAGAGGCAAGCGAACCAACAUAUGUGAACAACGCAAAAGACAGAAGCAUAAAUAAAAAAGGAAAAAAGAAGAGCAAGAAUGAAAAUGUGGAAGCUGAUCAAGGUACGAUAGAAAUAAAUGAUGAUUUAAGUGCAGAAAACGGAAUAGAAAGUCUAGGAAUUGAAAAUGAAAAUUCUGGGUUGCUUAACGAGGCAGGGAAAGAAAACGAUGAUUUGAAUUCGGAAAUAAAGCAUGAUAAAAUAAAUACAAUGGAUAAAACAGAAUCAUGUGGAUUAGAUAAAACAGAAUUUUCUGAGAAUUGUGUUGUAAAUGAUGAAGGCACAAAUAAAGAAAGCGAAAGGAUGGCGAAUGAUGGAAUAUCUUGUGGAAAUAGUGACUGUUUUGAAACGGAUGUGAUAGAAACUGAGAAUACACAAGAGGAUGAUAGUGUUCAUUUAGAAGUGAAAAGUAUUGAAAAUGUGCAGGAAGGGAAUGGAUACAUUGAUCAUGACAAUGAUGAGGUGGCAGAGGGGAUUAAGGUGGAAACUGAGGGUAUUAAGGAUUGUCCGGCGAUAGAGAGCAGUACAGAAAUACAAACGACUGCAGAUGAUAAAUGCUGUGAUGAAACAAAUGGUGAAGGCGACUGAAGAUUUACUCUAAUUUAUAUUCUCCCAGCAUUCAUGAACAACGCACAAAACUGGAAGCCACAAAUUUCUUACACACUAGCCACUUUACUAUAAUUAGAUAUUAAUACAAUAAAUUAAAUUAUAAUUAAAUUCCAUGCACAAUUAUUUAAUAAAAAAUAAAGAGAGAGGACUUAUUUAAAACCAAUUACCUCAAUGUUUAGCAUACUGCAAAAUGUGAGUGUUUCAUGCCGAGAAACAAAAAUGAUAUGUACACUUAUUUUGAAAUUAAAAAUAAUCAUUUUAUUGAAUUGGUUGUUUAUAUACUGUACAUCAUUUCUAUUGUGGCUAAAUUGGGUACUAAUUAUUACUGACAAAAUUUUCAUUUUUCUACGAAGAAGCAGCUACUGUAGUUUCAUGUUCUGAUAUGUUUGUGUUCAUUUCGAAGUUCUUUUCUUUUCUUUCAACAUUUUCCUGUGUCGAACAACUUCAAUGUCGACCAUAGGAUCGUUCUCUACUCUCGCCAAACAUCGCUCGCCCAGUAAUUCUACUUCGACCUCUUGUCCUUUCUCGCAUAGCUCCACGGGAAGUAAGGCAUACGCAAUACUUCUCUUCACUUGCCAGCCAUAACAACCCGAGGUCGUCACGCCAACAACCUAGGAGAAAAUGGUUUGGUAUUUUAGUUUUUGCCAUUUGAUU